GUGCUGAGAGGAGACGUGCUUCUGCCUAGCAGGACAGGCGUGAGGACUGAGUUCUCCCGGGCUCGGCCAGGAAAGCAAUGUUGACAGACACCAGGUGCAACGCGGGGGAAGUAGUCAGGGUGAGAGUGAAUCCUAAUCCCAGCCCACUCCAGAUGCAGAGGUAAACACUCGCUGUCUGCACCUCUGUCCUCAAAGAGGUACCCAGCGGACCCUUCCGUGGACCUUGGACUGAUGCAGGCACAACUCGGAGGAGACUGCCACCGCUUUUUGCAGAGAUCUGAGGCUGGAAGGAGGUGUGUGCCUUGUGUAAGCAGGAGCAGGAUUCUUUUGAACCAUCUGCCCUAGACCUUUUUGGCCUUAUGUGAAUGUGGAACUCAAGUAAGGUUGCUCUUUUUCCCCCCUAGUAAUUAGUAUUCCGUUGGUCAGGUGAAUCUUCAGGGUUUGCCUCCACCUCGCCUCUUUGUACCUUUGAUGUGAUCUGAGAAAAGGGCACCCUGCUUCUCUGGAAUGUGUGCUGGACUUGGCCAUCUUCGUGGGUUCACUUGGCACAAGGCUAGUUGUUGGUAUUCAGCUUUCCAGCCUUCCAGCGUGGAUUAAUACAAAAGGACCUUUGCUUUGAAUGGCUUCACGUUUUAGCUCAUUAACCCUUCGGAUUUCUUAGAUGUCAUAGUUCAGGAACCUAUUACGCCAUUCCUUGGCAACGGCUACUCAGCACUGGUGACCUCUUCCAGCCCAACACUCUACAAAUUAUUAUCUCUGGACUCCCAGCUGACACACUGCCGGAGGCAAGAGCUACGAAGCCAACUAGAACUGUGCCUUUUCUCUUGUCUAAGUUUUUUUCUUACACAGGAAAAAGGAAGAAAAAAAAAGAUGAAGCUGGGCAAAGUGGAGUUGUGUCAUUUUCUCCAGCUUAUAGCUCUCUUCCUGUGCUUCUCUGGGAUGAAUCAAGCUGAGCUACCGAAGUCCAGAUCCAAGCCAUACUUCCAGUCAGGAAGGUCCCGGACCAAGCGCAGCUGGGUUUGGAAUCAGUUCUUCGUGCUGGAAGAAUACAUGGGUUCAGAUCCCCUCUAUGUAGGGAAGCUUCACUCUGAUGUUGAUAAAGGAGAUGGUUCCAUCAAAUACAUCUUGUCAGGCGAAGGGGCAAGUUCAAUUUUUAUUAUUGAUGAGAACACUGGUGAUAUCCAUGCUACCAAGAGACUGGACCGGGAGGAGCAGGCCUAUUACACCCUCAGAGCCCAAGCUCUGGACAGACUCACCAACAAGCCUGUGGAGCCUGAGUCAGAGUUUGUUAUCAAGAUUCAGGAUAUCAAUGACAAUGAACCCAAAUUUCUAGAUGGCCCAUACACAGCAGGAGUUCCUGAGAUGUCUCCUGUGGGGACUUCAGUGGUACAAGUGACAGCGACAGAUGCCGAUGAUCCAACCUAUGGCAACAGUGCUCGAGUGGUCUAUAGUAUUCUGCAAGGACAGCCAUACUUCUCAGUGGAACCAAAAACAGGAGUCAUCAAGACUGCCCUUCCAAACAUGGAUAGAGAGGCUAAAGACCAGUAUUUGCUUGUCAUUCAGGCAAAGGAUAUGGUUGGGCAAAAUGGUGGACUGUCUGGAACCACCUCAGUUACUGUGACCCUAACUGAUGUCAAUGAUAACCCACCUCGCUUUCCACGAAGAUCUUACCAGUAUAAUGUUCCAGAAUCUUUGCCUGUGGCAUCAGUUGUGGCCAGAAUUAAAGCUGCAGAUGCAGAUAUUGGAGUCAAUGCAGAAAUGGAAUACAAAAUAGUGGAUGGUGAUGGACUGGGCAUUUUCAAGAUAUCUGCUGACAAAGACACACAGGAAGGAAUCAUUACAAUACAAAAGGAACUCGAUUUCGAAGCCAAAACAAGUUAUACACUGCGCAUAGAAGCUGCAAAUCGAGAUGCUGAUCCCCGAUUUCUGAGCUUGGGUCCAUUCAGUGACACAACAACGGUUAAGAUAAUUGUGGAAGACGUGGAUGAGCCUCCUGUUUUUUCUUCACCCUUGUACCCCAUGGAGGUGUCAGAAGCGACACAGGUGGGGCAUAUCAUUGGCACUGUAGCAGCUCAUGACCCAGAUUCUUCCAACAGCCCUGUGAGAUAUUCAAUUGACAGAAACACAGACUUGGAGAGAUAUUUCAAUAUUGAUGCCAACAGUGGAGUUAUUACUACUGCCAAAUCAUUGGAUAGAGAGACAAAUGCUGUUCAUAACAUUACAGUCCUCGCAAUGGAAAGCCAGAAUCCAUCCCAGGUGGGGAGAGGCUAUGUGGCUAUCACUAUACUGGAUAUUAAUGACAACGCGCCAGAGUUUGCCAUGGACUAUGAAACCACUGUCUGUGAAAAUGCUCAGCCAGGGCAGGUUAUCCAGAAAAUCAGUGCAGUAGAUAAAGAUGAGCCAUCCAACGGACACCAGUUUUACUUCAGCUUAACAACAGAUAUGACAAAUAACCACAACUUUUCAUUGAGAGAUAACAAAGACAAUACAGCCUCCAUUCUCACCAGGAGAAAUGGCUUCCGCAGACAGGAGCAAUCGGUUUAUUAUCUGCCAAUUUUCAUUGUGGACAGUGGAUCUCCUUCACUGAGCAGUACCAACACACUUACCAUCCGUGUAUGUGACUGUGACACUGAUGGCAUAGCUCAGACCUGCAAUGCAGAGGCUUAUAUUCUACCUGCUGGUCUCAGUACUGGGGCUUUAAUAGCAAUACUGGCCUGUGUCCUGACACUCUUGGUGCUGAUCCUCCUCAUUGUCACUAUGAGAAGACGAAAAAAAGAACCUCUCAUUUUUGAUGAGGAGAGGGAUAUUAGAGAAAACAUCGUCAGAUAUGAUGAUGAGGGCGGGGGAGAAGAAGACACAGAAGCCUUUGACAUGGCUGCGCUGAGAAACCUCAACGUCAUAAGAGACACCAAAACUCGGAGAGAUGUGACUCCUGAAAUUCAGUUUUUGAGCCGACCGACUUUUAAAAACAUCCCAGAUAAUGUCAUUUUUAGGGAAUUUAUUUGGGAAAGACUGAAAGAAGCUGAUGUGGAUCCAGGGGCUCCUCCAUAUGACUCUCUUCAGACUUAUGCAUUUGAAGGAAAUGGCUCAGUAGCUGAAUCUCUCAGUUCUUUAGAUUCCAUCAGCUCAAACUCUGAUCAGAAUUAUGACUACCUUAGUGACUGGGGUCCCCGUUUUAAACGACUGGCUGAAAUGUACGGAAAUGGCCAAGAGAGUUUGUACUCAUAGCCUUGGACCCUUAGUUUGGAAUGUACUGAAGAAAAAGGCAGCAGAAAAAAAUUCAAAAAGGAAAGAAAAGUGGAAAAUACUACAUACUGUAAACAGGAAUUCCACUUGUGGAAAAAAGGAAGUUGUAAAUAUGUCUCCAUUUUUAAAACUGUUAAGGCUUCUGCCCUGGUGAGAUAUUCACUAGGUUAUCCAAGGGAUUUCACUGACCACAGACUCUGAGCAUUUGUAGUUGUGUUUUUUUGUUUGUUUGUUUGUUUUUGUGGUUCCAUAUAAAAGAAAUACUUGAUGAUUUGUGAAUAGAUAGCAACUCUUAUAUACCUGUGUAGGCACCUAACCUGCCUGAUAAAGUAAUGUUCUGUGUUGUUAGGGCGCCAAAGGCACCUGACUCUAACAUUCAUGGUACCCCCUG